UCAUUGAGACACGUUAUUUUACGAGAGAUUCCAACAUUUACAAAGAAUUUUGUGCUGUUGAUUGCGAUUAAUAUAAAAUAAUAAAAAUUUACAUCCAACUUAUAUUAUUGGGGAUACUAAAUUAGCCACAACUAUAUUUUAUUGCAUUAAUACUCUUUCAAUGCUCUGGAGCUUGUUUGCACAUUUGAGAUAAACUUUUUGUGCAACACUGCAAAAAUGAAAUUGAAACACCGGUCAAACCGAUAAACGAAGUACCGAAAAAAUCACAAAAACCGCAAAGCUGGGUGAAGAAUUAAACUUUGUGCUAAUAUAAACGCUUAUUUCGCACGAGUGUAAUUUUAAAAUGUAAUAAAAAAGAAACAGUGAAAUGUGGAACUAUUUUAAAGUCUCGAAAUGCAAAAAUUUACGCAGAAACGAAAAUUUUAUUAGGUGAAGUGCUUUUUCAAACCCAGCAAAACAAGCACCACGGAAACAAUAGAGCCACACCAAGCGCCUGCAUAUAGAGUCAGACGGACAAAGGAACAGCACACGCUGUAGUACUUUUAAGUUUUUUUGUGAAAAUUUAAACGAAUAGCCAAUAAUUGCUUGGAGCUCAACUAUGUAUGUGCAAAUACGCCUGACCAUAAACUGAAUAUAAAAGUGCCAAAUAUUAGGAAAGAAAAUGAGCUUUUGACAGAAAAUACGAUCAAAUAUACAUAGAUCCAUUCCGAUAGAUGGACCGACUUGAUUUUGAUUAGCAAAUAUACUGCAGAUAUACAUACAUACUUGUACUUGUAUAUAUGUAGUACGUAUGUAUGUACGUAAUAUAUAUUUUCCCAAUAUCCAAAUUUAGCUAAAUUAUAAUGUGAAACGGACCAAACUAGUCAACAAAAAGGAUAAGUUUUAGAUAUCAGCAGGAAGCGACUAAUAGAGUUUGCAUUUAAACGCUACACAGACGAUUACUUUACGGUCUCAAUUGCCAAUUCCUCGCAAAAAAGAUCUCUCCGUUUUAUAUAUUUCUCCAUAUACUGAACGCACAUAUUCAUCAAUUCCUCUGGUGGCUUGAAAAUAUUAUUUGUUUAAAAAUGGGCAAUAAAAAUUCCUGUUGUGCUUAUUCAAGCCCACAAUCCGAUCGAAAAUCAAAAGAGAUACCACCUGUAUAUGAGGAAAGACAUCAUGUACACAGUAGUCACCAUAUAUCAUCCUCGCAACACCAAUUAGAUGGACACAUUUCAGCUUCCACGGCGGCUAUUCAUCACAGUGCUGGCACACUGGAUAAUCCACACAACUUGCAACACAUCUCAGAGCGCGAGGCACUAGAAGGAGAAGAUGAUCCUUCUGUGGACCCUACCGCUGCUACUAUGUUUCUUGAACGUUCCAAAGUAGAAAAUGGCGGUAUCUCUCGUAAACGUUCACAGCAUCAAAUCGCCCAACAGGCAGCGAACUCAACUGGCGGAGGUCUAAAGAAAAGUUCAUCAUGUUCUACAAUCUAUUUGGAUGACAGUACUGUCUCGCAACCUAAUCUAAAGAACACAGUGAAAUGCGUAUCGCUUGCUAUUUAUUACCACAUCAAAAAUCGACAAUCUGAUCGUCGGCUAGACAUUUUCGACGAGAAGUUGCAUCCUUUAACGCAGGAUGCCGUUCCUGAUGACUACGAUUCACAUAACCCAGAGCAUAGACAAAUCUACAAGUUCGUACGCACGCUAUUUAACGCGGCACAAUUAACCGCAGAAUGCGCCAUUAUAACGCUAGUCUAUCUAGAGCGGUUGCUCACUUAUGCCGAGUUGGAUUUGGCACCGUGCAAUUGGAAGCGCAUGGUAUUGGGAGCCAUACUGCUAGCCUCAAAGGUUUGGGAUGACCAAGCCGUGUGGAAUGUUGAUUAUUGUCAAAUACUGAAAGACAUUACUGUGGAAGAUAUGAAUGAAUUGGAACGUCAAUUUCUUGAAUUGCUGCAAUUCAAUAUAAAUGUACCCUCAUCCGUCUACGCCAAAUAUUACUUUGACUUACGCACGCUGGCCGAAGCGAAUGAUUUAUCCUUCCCAACAGAACCACUCUCCAAGGAGCGUGCGCAAAAAUUGGAAGCUAUGUCACGUGUUAUGCAAGAUAAAGUGACUGCCGAAGCGUUAAAGAAUGGUAUGAAGAAGUGGUCAUCCAUGGACAACAUAAGCCAAGGUGGUCCACGUCGUUCCGUGGCUAUACUUUCGUGAUUUUCAUUAGUUUAUUAGAGCGACAGAGAAUAUAACUAUAAUAGCCAGUGCGUGAAAAAAUUAAAAAUUUUAAUUAUAUAAUAAUUAAUCGCACAUAUUCUUAGAACUUCGCUGCCCCAAAACCUUAUUAGAUGUAAAGCAGAUAAUGAGGUACGAUUUUUCGUAUACGAAUGAAAAUAAAAAAGCUUUUGCGAACAAAUACAUCACCGAAA